AUGGCCGCUUCUUUUGUUGCUACUACCACUAUUCCCAACUAUCAAGAUAUUUUGGAUGGCAAUGUUCAUAAGAAGGUGCCUCUUAACACUUAUGUUUCUCAACUUGAACCAAUCUACAGAUCAAUCCCCUCACAACUCCCAACACCAACAGCAACAAUAGCUCCUUAUUCUAUUACUCCAAUCAACCCUAAAUUUGACCCUUUAGUCCAUUUACAAUACUACGCCAAUGGCUCAGCCGGUAAAGACCAAUACAACAAUACACGCAGGUUAACCUUGGACCAAUUGGGCCUUUCAAACCCACAAAUGCAAAUUUCCCCCAUUGGUGUCUCUGAUCCAUUCCCACUAUUCACCAGCGAAGCAGUCAACAUUAUGCGUAGUGAGUUAUUGGCUAAGGAGAACUUUAUGAAGUAUGCGAGAUAUUGUCAUUCUUCAACAACGGGGAUGGAUUGUGUUGUGCGUGGGUAUGUUAAGGAUAAUGAUGGUGUGGUGAAUUGUGAGUUUAUUCAUGAUGCAUGGACACAUCCUGCUACUUUGGAAUUGAUUUCUAGGAUGGCGGGCGUUGAGUUGGAAGUUGUUAUUGAUUUUGAGAUUGCACAUUCUAAUAUUUCAAUGAAGACUCCCGAGGAAGCUGAUGCUGAGAUUGCCAGACAUGAACAACAGCAACAGGAGCAAGAAAUGAAUAGUGAAGAAGGUGCUAAUGCGGCUACCACCACUACUUCUCCUACUAAAUCUGAAGAUGAUAUCCGUGCUGUUGUUGGCUGGCACCACGAUUCGUACCCAUUCGUCUGUGUCCUUAUGCUUAGUGACACGACAAACAUGAUUGGCGGUGAAACUUCGCUUCGUAUGGGCAAGACCAGCCCUGAAGCCAAACAAGAAAUUGCCGUAGUUCCCGGUCCAAAACAAGGCUCAGCUUGUGUUUUACAGGGGAGAUUAAUCGAGCAUAUUGCACCUACACCACAAGGAUUAAGUGAACGUAUCACUAUGGUUACUAGUUUCCGUGCUCGUGAUCCGGCAUUACCUGAUACUUCGAUCUUGGAUACUGUCAAGCCAGAAGUCAAUUUUGGUUCAAGAUAUCAUGAGUUUUAUCAGCAAUGGAUCAAUUAUCGUUGUGAUUUGGUUAAGCAACGGUUGGAUUUGAUCAAGCUGGGUGCAAUGGUUGAAAUUGGUGGUGAUGGUGUUGGUAAUGGUGGCAAGAAGGUGUUUGAUAAGAAGAAGAUGAUUGAGAAGUUGAAGGAGUUGGAAGACUAUAUUAGAGUAACUCAUGAAGAAAUGCUUUGCUGA